AUGGACAACGAAAAUUCGUCCAUUUUCCAACCCUACAGCCAGUAUGACUGUUGGCGUGGUGAAAAGCAAAUAAUUCUGAAAACAUCGAUAGGCUGUCAGCUUCCAUAUAUUGUAAAUUUCAAGAGAAAUACAGUUCAAAUUUUUAAUAUUGAAUGGGAAAGAAUCACACAUUCCUAUGUCUUCCCAGAAGGAUGCCAACUUGUGGAUGUCGAUUAUUUUCCAACUGAAGAUGGAAAGCUAGGAAUCCUGGUUGCAGUGGAAGAUCCACGCCAAUCAUGGGGAUCUGAAAAUUUUGUGGUUGCUCUUGCAGCAAAAGAAGAUCAACCGAUGAUGACAGUGACCCACUCGGCUGAUAUUCCUACAAAAAUCACUGUAAUCAAGACAUUGUUCUCGUGUGCAGAUAUGUCCAGACGAGCUAACAGAGAAGUUUUGAAAUUGUAUCAUCGAUUGAUGACAUGGCAGCAUGUGGUGGCUAUUGGAUGUAAAGAUUCGCAGUGUCAUUUGGCCCGGCUAACUCCGGUUGAGGACUCUGCAAGUUUGGUGGUCCCAAUUCACAAUGACCGGAGAAAUCUUAUCAAUUUGAUGAGUGCAUUCAUCGAAGGAUCGGUCCUACAGUACACUCAAAACGAUGGAAGUUAUCGGAACUACCCAACAGCAGCCGUUUACAUUUCGGCACUUGCUCUGAUGCCAAGAAGUCGUACUCUUCUUGUUGGAUUAUCAAUGGGUGGUAUUCUGGCUGCGUCUUUGAAUCCAUCGAAUCAAAUGAUUUUUCUCGAAUUAAGACAUGAAAGACUUAUUCGCAAGAUUGCUCCGUUAGAACCAGAAGAUGAUCCAGACAAGUUUGAAUAUUUUAUUGCGGCAGUAGAUGCUUCCCCACGUCAUCCAGUCAUGAUUCAGCUGUGGCGUGGAUCAUUCAAGACUCUCGAACAAGUAGAGGAAGAUUUUAAAUACGAUAAUCCGUUCUAUCUCACCUGCUUGGAACAUAAAAUUCCUUUUGGAGAAAAAUGGAUUUCUGUGAACCCGAUUGUAACGGAAAGAGAGCAUUGGGUUACCACAAAAAGAAGAGCAGGACAUGAUGAAUCGGCUCUUAAUGUAUCACAAACGUUUGGAGCAACUUCAAAUAGAAAUUCAGUUUUGUUGACAUACGAAAGAAAGAAAAUGUUGACAUCAGAAGAUGAUCCAAAUGGAUUGCCAGAGUAUAUUGUGGAGGGAGCCAUAUUUGAUAUUGAUGCAUGGUACUACAAAAGAGUUCCUGGAAAAGUAUCCACGGAUGGAACUGUUCUUAGACAAUGUCCAUUCCUAUCAACAAUCAAAUCAAAUAUUCCAUCCGAAGAUGUGAAUGACAUUGGGAUUCUUGCAAUGAACGCCACAGAUGUCUCUAGAUUCUCAAGCAUGAUAUCAGAUGCGGAUCAGUUGUUCUACCCAUCGGCAUUAACUUAUGAAAGAGUUUUUGUGGCCAAAAAUUCCAAGAUUGAAUGGAUGAAAAUUCAAAAUAUCCAGGAUACGAUCAUCAACAAAUGCUCUUCGAAACUUGCAUUCUAUCUCAAUUCAGCAGAAGACGUUUCAGGGAUUAUCAUUGCUGCUGGGAUGGUCAGGAAAAACAUUCUAUCGGGAUCUCCCAACUCGAGCGCAGCUGAUAUCAACUACUCUCAACUGUCAUCUGACCAGAAAGUCCUUCUGAAUCUGAUAGUUUACUACGGAAAAGUUGAAGCAUUAUGUGGAAUAGUGAGCAAUUCAGAUGUUAGUGAGACACUGAAAACCGAGAUUGCUGAUUGGGCACUCCACGAAGCAGUUGAUUUCAAAAGAACAAUUUCUGAUAAGAUGGUUGCGAUUUUCCAAGGAAGAUCACAUGAUCUCUCUCCUCUUGCUCAAGAUGCAAUAACUCAAGGAAUCAAACUGUUCCGAGUGGUUUACGAAUAUCUUAAAACUUGCUCCAAAUUCCUGAAAAGCUCCCGUCUUCACAACAUGGCUCAUUCGAUGAAAUGCAUGAGGAAUCAUACAAAACUCAUUUAUCAGUUCUUUGUUUUUGAUAUUAUUCCUGUGAAUCAAGAACGACAAAAAACGAUGAGAGAUAUGCACUCAAAGAGGAAAAUUGCUGCUAUCAGAAACUCGUCGUCGCUUCCCAUCCAAGCAUUGAUAAGAAACAUGGAUCGUCUCGCUCCAAACGCUCAAUUCUGGGACGGAAUCACUCACUCCGAAUGGUAUCCACCAACACCUGUAGAUCUUUUGGAAUCUCUUCUCUGUGUGAACCUUCCAGAAAGAAUGAAAAGAGAACUUGUAGUUCAAUAUGUGGUAGACUGGGUUCGUGCUUCUGGAAACGAGUUGAAUGACAAGCAAAUUGCAAUGGAGGUGAUCAAAAUCAUGACAAAUCAAAUGUUGGAAGUGGAUUUGGAGAAGAUUUACUAUGUUUUGGACCAAGAAAAGAAUGCAUUGACAGAUAACAAGGCUGCAGAAGAAGUUCGAGCACUAGGAGAGAAGGUGUUUUCAAUGCAAAGAGAAGAAGUGAGCUACGAGAAGUUAUGGGGAGGAGGUGUUCCUAUUACUGUGACAAUCAACAAACAAGAUCUGAAGAAGUUCGAGCAAAGAAUGAAACUCCAAAUGGAGAAGGCAAGAUUACCAGUUCUCGAUCCAGAAUCUGAAAUGCUUUACCAAGUUUACCUGUUUGAAAACGAGAAAUUCAACGCGAUGUCUUCCGAAGCCAUCCGAUCCAACAAACUUCUCUCCAUGUUUAUGCCAGGAAUGUACAAGAAACACUUCAGAAGUCUACAAAAGAGCUCAAAGGAAAAAGAGAUUGAACAGACUGUAAAAACAAUGUUUGAAAGACAAAAAAUGCUGGAUGAAGUAGUUGAAGACGAGGAUGAUAUGGUUGCAGUUGUUCGUGAUCAACAGAAAAGAAAAAGGAAAUCUGGAACAUUCGGAGGAGAUGACGAUGAUUGCUCAAGUGUAUCUUCCGCUUCUUUUGUUCCACCGACAGCCAAGAAAAUUCAACUAUGGAAAAAAGCUAGUGAACCAGCAGUAGCUUCGAUUCCAGAAUCUCCAGAUAAUAAGAAUUCCAGCAUUACGAGUCUCGUUCAUUCAGGUGAUCCACAUGAAAACAAUGAGAUUAACAUGUUGAUUGCGACACCAGCUCGUUAUUACAAACGACCUGCCUUCGAAGACGACGAUGUUAAUGAGUUUUUGUCUCCGACACGCGGAAAAGAACCUCCUUUACCAGCCCAGAAUAGUAUUCUGAAGACCGCAAAAGCUGUACAAACUGGAAAUCGAGGACGGAUUCGAUUCCACGAAAGUGUCCGGAAACCUGCAGAAGAGAGGAUUGAAAAGAACGAAGAUAGCGCCCCUUCAAAAGGAUUAACAUUGAAUUUUGCAAUUCUGGAGGAUGAGGAAGAAGAAGAAACAAUGACUACAAGAAGAUCGAGAACUAUGGAAACUGAAAAAGAGGUGGAAAGAGAAGAAGAGGUAAUGGAAGAGGAAGAAGAAGAAAGUCAUGAAGAAGACGUUGAACAAGAAAAAGAAGAGGAUGAGUGUGUUGAAAGCGAGAAAACGUUUGAAGAACAAGAAGAUUUCGAAGUUCUCGAAGAUACAUCGGCUCCUGAAAAAAUGAAUUCACUAGAAGACACAUUCGAGCCAAGAGAAGAUGAUGUUAUGCCACCAGUUGAUGAAACUUAUAAAGAAGAAGAAGAAAAGGAAGAAGAAGAGGAGAAAGACAAAGAAGAGAAACAAGAAGAAUCAAAUGGUGAAGAAGUGUCUGAUGGUAUUCUGAGAAGCAUGGAAGUUCAGUCAGAUGAUGAUGUAGACCCAAUCCAACCAGAAAUUGUAGAAGAGGAAGUAGGAGAAGAUGUAGAAAAGGUGCAAGAACAUCAAGAAGAAGUUGGAAAGGAAGAAGAAGAGCAAAAAACAGAAGAAGUACAAGAAAACAAUGAUGUUGUGGAAGAAGAAAAACAAGAAGAGCUUCAUGAGAAUCCCGUAUCUGUUAAACCGAAAACUAGUGAUGCUCCAGUAGAAGCUUCCUCCGAAGUACAAGAACCUGAGGAUGAUAGACCGCCUUCUAGAACGACCCGGACAAAAACUGUUCAGAAGACACCGUCUGUGAAGACCAACGUCGACACAGAAGAUGGACCGCCAUCCACGAGACUAAGAACUCGAUCUUGCUCGAUCAAACGGGAUGAUGUGGCAUCUGAAACUCCAAGAUCUCGAAGAACUUCGGUUCGCCGAUCUGCUUCUAGAACUUCUUCUGUUUCAGAACAACUUGAAACUGUGGUCCCAUCAGGGAAAACUCGUAAAUCUACGGGUCGUGCCGCAUCAGUGGAACAUCCUACUGGGUCCGAUGUUUCGGGAACUCCAAGAAGGCGUGGAAGACCAAGACUGAGUAGUUUGACAACCACACCAAAGGAAACACGUAAAAGGGAGAAUUCAACUGAACAAGAUGAUACCGAAACACCAAACAAAAGGCGUCGUGGUACUUCGCGAGCUACUCCGAUGAAAGUGAUUCCUGAAGAUGAACCAUCCAUAUCAACGGCUAAUCAACAGGAAGCUACUGAAUCAUCUGUGGUAACACCUAAGAAAGGAAGAGGAAGACCAAGAAAGGAGCUAGCAAACGUAGAGGAGGAGCUAGAAGAACCCGAAGAACCAGCAGUAAAUACUUCCCUUCGUCGAUCCACCCGUCGUUCUCAACAACAGUGA